AUGAGCGCAGAGUGCGCAGGCAACUCCACCUGCCCUGCCAACGGCACGGAGGAAGAUCCACCGGUGGGAAUGGAGGGACAGGGGAGCCUGAAGCUUGUUUUCACAGUGCUGUCGGCUGUGAUGGUGGGUCUGGUCAUGUUCUCCUUUGGAUGUUCAGUGGAGAGUCGGAAGCUCUGGCUGCACCUCAGAAGACCCUGGGGCAUCGCAGUGGGCCUGCUUUGCCAGUUUGGGCUCAUGCCUCUGACAGCUUAUCUGCUAGCCAUUGGCUUCGGUCUGAAACCAUUCCAAGCUAUUGCUGUCCUCAUCAUGGGGAGCUGCCCUGGGGGCACCGUCUCUAAUGUCCUCACCUUCUGGGUUGAUGGAGAUAUGGACCUCAGCAUCAGCAUGACGACCUGCUCCACAGUGGCUGCUCUGGGAAUGAUGCCCCUCUGCCUCUACGUCUACACCCGGUCCUGGACUCUUCCACACAGCCUCACCAUCCCGUACCAGAGCAUAGGAAUUACCCUUGUGUCCCUGGUCGUUCCUGUGGCCUCCGGCAUCUAUGUGAAUUAUAGGUGGCCAAAGCAAGCAACAUUCAUUCUCAAGGUCGGGGCUGCUGUUGGCGGCAUGCUCCUCCUGGUGGUGGCAGUUACCGGCGUGGUCCUGGCAAAGGGCUGGAACAUAGAUGUCACUCUUCUGGUCAUCAGCUGUAUUUUUCCCUUGGUCGGCCAUGUCAUGGGCUUCCUGCUGGCGUUCCUCACCCACCAGUCUUGGCAAAGGUGCAGGACGAUUUCCAUAGAGACCGGAGCGCAGAACAUCCAGCUGUGCAUCGCCAUGAUGCAGCUGUCCUUCUCUGCCGAGUACCUGGUCCAGCUGCUAAACUUCGCCUUGGCCUACGGACUCUUCCAAGUGCUGCACGGGCUGCUCAUUGUCGCAGCAUAUCAGGCAUACAAGAGGAGGCAGAAGAGUCAAUACAGGAGGCAGCACCCGGAGUGCCAAGACAUCUGCUCUGAGAAGCAGCCCAGAGAGACCAGUGCCUUCUUGGAAAAAGGGGCUGAGGCUGCUGUAACUCUGGGGUUAGUGCAGCCAGAGCAGCACCACAGGACCGCUGAACUGACCAGUCACGUUCCUUCAUGUGAAUAGUGGGAGAACCGGAACUGCUUGGUCCUCCAUCUUCCUCCGUGGCCAGUGAAGACUAGGUGUGGUUGGCAGUAAGCAGCAGGCCUCUCCCCACAAAAUUGUGCUCCCGUUGUGGAAUGUAACCCGAGAGA